AUGGUCUAUGGGGGCAAGCCGAGUACCGGAUGUUACCUGUGUCGCAAGCGGAAGAUAAAGUGCGAUGAAGCACAUCCAGAGUGCCGAAAUUGCAAAAUAUAUGGCCGACCAUGUCCAGGAUACCGGCCAGAUGCAGUUUUCCGCAAUGAGACUAGAAAGGUUGAGCGGCUGGUAAAAACUAACAAUGGGACCGCGAGCGCCAGUGGAAGCGGCAGCCAAACCAACACCCCAACUUCGGAUGCUUCGGCAUCAUCCGUUGUACAUCGCCGACGCAAAAGUCCUCAUCAAAGUGAUUCCGAUUCAUUGCUGACAUUAUAUUCGCCUGCUGAUGCCAGCUGGGAACAGCGGGCGUUGUGCUUUUUCUUCGACCAGUACACCAUCAAAGCGGAUGAAGAUGGCGGCCACUUGGACUAUCUUCCUCCGCUAUAUGCACGUGAGAUAGGACGGUCGAGCGGCGAAUCAACAUCUUCUUGUCUGAGGUGGGCGGUCGACGCCACGGCAUUGAUGACUUUAGCUAAUGCUAAGAAUGCACCUUCCCUCAUGAAUAAGGCACGGCAGGGCUACGGGAAGGCUUUGCGGGGCUUGCAGGAAGCAUUGGCAUCGCCCGCCCAUGCAGUCAGAGAUGAGACUUUUGCGUCGGUCGUCUUGCUUUCCUUAUAUGAAGACAUCUCGGGCGAACGAAAUGGAUUGUUCAGCUCGCAUACAGCGGGAUUUGAGUUUUUGAUGAAGCUCCGUGGUGAAGGGCAGAUGGAUCACCAGCGUGGUCGAGAUAUGUUUAAUUUUGCUUACACACAUACCUAUAUUGAAAUCCUCGCAUUGGGGGACAACCCCCGCUUCGACACCGAAUGGGUGGUCGGAAUGCUGGACAGUAAUAACCCCGUUGAUAGACUUAUGCUCUCUGCCUCCAAAUUAACUCGACUUUUCCUUGCCAUGCGCUCUUCACCAAAACCCCCAGAUGAGGCAACUGUUGAAUCAUGGAUCGCCGCAGGCCGUGAAUGCGAUGCCGAAAUUUCUCAGUGGCCCCAAAAUCUUCCCGACCGAUGGCUCCCCCUGGUCGUCUAUUCAGCACAGGGCGAGUCCCUUCUGACCUAUAACCGUAUUUCCAAUUCUGUGAUCUGGUACUAUUACCGCGCAGUGCGCGUGAUGCUGCAACAGCUUCUCCUUGGCUUGAACCGCACCCUUGCCACCAUCAAAGCGGUCAACAACCAAUUUCCCAACUCUUCUGCAGAUUGCCAGAAGACGGACUCAGAGCCCCUUGACGAGGCAAGCCUGCGAGCUGUCAUCCGUGAAAUGACAACAGAUACUUGCCGCAGUAUCCCUUUCUCCUUGGCAGAUGUCGACUCUCUUGGUCGCCCCAAUAAAUCAAACAGUUCGUUUCAGAUACGUGCUGCGCAAGCGUACGGUCUACUGUGGCCUCUUUGGUACGUGCUUUCCUGUGGUAUGCCAACUGAGGCACAAGUCGCGCAAAUCCGGACAGUGCUGUGGCGUAUAGGGUCUAAACUUGGCAUCAAAUUGGCGCUGGUUCUGGCUAAGGAGGCAGAGAGAAUUCGCGGUGAGCACGAAGACAUCCCGCCGCUGGAUAUGAAUCAGGAGCAACGGCUGUGA